AAAAAAACGGGCCAAUUAAAAUUGCUUACUUUUCAAUGCGUGCAUUGCAUUAGAAAAAAAAAAUAGCCUUUGUCGCAAAAAACUUCUCUUUUUUUGUUUUCUUAUACUUCCCGUUCACUUCAAUUACUUCAAUUGUUGUAUAAUUUUGCAGCUCAACGAUGGGUUCCACUUUACCGUACAGUAUUCAAGACGAUAUAGAAGCCAAAGAAAGAUAUGCAGCUCAACAACGAUUGGGACGAGGUGGUUCAAAAAAAGUUCGUUUAUGGACAGUGAUUGCCAUCGUGUCAUUGACCACACUCUUACUGGUGAGUUACUACGGUACAACGAUCUACAGUGAUAGUGUAUCACCCAUGUUAGAAGAAGAUACAACCGUACAAGUGUUAACAACAGCAGAAGACAAAAAAGCCAACAACAAGAAAUUGACAAACAGUAAAAACAACGAAGCCGUCAAAUUUGAUAAAUCAGAGGCAGCUCUUGAAGAAAAAGCGGAUAUAAAAGAAGCAGAACUUGAAGAACAGCUAGAAGAAGAACUUGAAAAGGAAGCUGAACAAGAAAUUGAAGAAGAAAUCAAAGAAGAGAAGGAACAAAAGCAGAGAGAGAAGAAUCAAGAAAAAGGAUGGACCUUGGAAGACGAGAUCUCUGGCUUGAUUCAGAAGAACACAUUGAUUGUGUUUUCUAAAACUUAUUGCCCAUUUUCAAAGAAGGCGAAGAAGAUAUUAAAUUCUUAUACAUUAAAAGACAAACUAAAGGUCGUUGAAGUUGACAAGAGAGCCGAUGACUUUCAAGUGAAGGCAGUACUUGAUGAAAUCUCUGGAAGGUCCACCUUUCCUAACAUUUUCCUAAAGGGCAAAUCUCUUGGUGGAUCGCAAGAGUUGGAUGAAUUACAUAGAAGUGGAGAACUCAGAUAUUUAUUGGAUGAAAAUGGCCUUUUGGCCGCUUAAUAAUAACCAAUCAACAACCUUAACUCUGUCAUUUUUAGUCUAUAUUUCACAAAUCACAUUACAGCAGACCAAGUUAAGGGGUAGACCACUAAAAGAGAAAAUGAAUCUCUCUCUAACAAUGAUUACUACCUUUUUUUCCCAGUUA